ACUCUCCGUUUUGUGACCUUUCAAUUUAAUACUUUAGUUAGUAAGCAGACCAUCGUCUUGAGAGGCAGGUCGAUUGUAGUAUAUGAAGCCGAAUGAGUGUUUAUAAUUAAUUCAAUAGAAAUAAGAAUAUAAAAUGGGCUUGAUUAAAACAGGAAUUCUGGGUUUGGUAGUGCUUUAUGUUAUUUCCAUAUUUCUACGAUCCAGUGAAAAUGUAGUGCCUGAACUUCCAAAUACCUUUUGGGGUCCAGGAAACGAAAAACCAAAUGUCGAUAAAAGCAUUCGUCCAUUUAAAGUAGUUUUUGAUAACAAGGAUAUUGAGGAUCUCAAAUUUCGGUUAAAAAAUACAAGAUUGCCAAAGCCAGGUUUGGAAGGAGCAGCUUGGACUUAUGGACUUCCUGGUCAAGCUUUACCAAAAAUAAUUGACCACUGGCUCAACAAAUACGAUUUUAAGACACGAGAAGAAUACAUGAACAAGUAUUCUCAAUUCUUAACAAAUAUUCAAGGUCUAGAUAUCCACUUUUUGCACGUAAAACCCAAGGAUGCGAAGGGGAAGAAAGUUUUGCCAUUAUUAAUGCAACAUGGUUGGCCCGGUUCAGCGUUGGAAUUCUACAAAAUAAUUCCACUGCUCACUACACCAAGGCCAGAAUAUGAUUUUGUUUUCGAAAUUAUAGCGCCGUCUUUACCCGGAUUUGGAUUUUCCAGCCCGGCUGUUAGGCCAGGUCUUGGAGCCAAUCAAAUUGCAGUGGUAUUAAAAAAUCUCAUGCAGAGACUAGGAUUUGAGAAGUUUUAUACACAAGGUGGCGAUUGGGGUGCCAUAAUUACUGCCAAUUUAGCUGCCAUGUUUCCUCAACAUGUACUUGGAAUGCAUUCGAAUAUGUGUAAUGUUCUAACACCUUGGAAUUUAUUCAAGGUAUAUUUAUUCAGCUACUUCCCAUCACUUAUUUUGCCAAAAGAAGACUAUCACUUGAUGUACCCAAUGAGUGAACAUUGGUCCUCAAAAGUAGAAGAAUCAGGAUAUUUGCAUAUUCAAGCGACUAAGCCUGACACAGUAGGUGUUGCACAAAGCGAUUCGCCAAUCGGCAUGGCAGCUUAUAUUCUGGAAAAAUUUUCGUCUGGUACAAAUAAAGCUUACAGGCUAAGAGAAGAUGGUGGUCUUUUCGAGAAAUACACUCCUGAUGAACUUAUCGAUAAUAUAAUGUGGUAUUGGAUACCAAAUACCAUGACCACCGCUAUGAGAAUUUAUGCCGAAACUUUUAAUAAAGGAAUGCUAAAACCCGGAGCCCAUAAUGCGCCCAUCAAUGUACCAAGUGCCUGCGCUCAAUUUCCCAACGAAAUAUCUUACUUGCCUCCAUAUCUUCUCAAAGAUCGUUUCAAAAAUUUAAUUCGAGCAACAAAAUUACCACAAGGUGGACAUUUUGCAGCUAUGGAAAAUCCAAAACUCUUAGCUGAAGAUGUUUGGGCUUCAGUGAAGGCAUUUGAAGAAAUUAAAAGGAGUAAAAGUACAUAAUAAAAUAAUUUCUAAUUUAUUAUGUUAUUAAUUUUUGUAUCUUUAAAUAAAAUUUGGAUAACAAAGUCUUCUGAUUCUUUAAGAAACUGUCAAAGUGAAAAAUUAGUUUACACAAUAAAUCUGCAGCAAAAAAGGAGCCAAUAAAAAUGAAACUCAUAAUUUAUCGGUAAAUGAAAGCGAAAAAAUAAAAGAGUCUAGCCGGGUAAGCAUGGAAAAUCGGUCCCCGCUCGUAUCAGGCUGAAAUUCAUUUCAAAUGUUUAUCCUAAGGUAGCAAAAAACUACGAAGAAUUUCAACCUUCAAAUUGCAUUUUUUGGAAGUUAUGGAGCGGAAAAAGAAAAUAAAAAUCAUCAAUCAUCUUUUCACACAAAAAUCUAUACAUCCCCUA